AAGGGGUUCUAGUGUUUCUGGAGCCGCAGGUGGGUUAUAUAAGGCACGUCCGUGGACUCGGGUCCGACACCUCAGCACUGAAGACGGCGGAGAGCGGCUCAGACAUGCCGGUGUCAGGAGUGGGAGUAGCAGCAUCCCAUACAGAGGGAAAGCAGACCAACAUGAACACUCAGCCUGAUCUGCAGUCUGGUAACGGAUACAAAUGGCAGAACUGCAAAUCACAACAUGAAGAUUGCCCCGGGAUGCAGGUCCUGCCCAUGCCCAUCCAGGAUCUUAGAGUCCAGUACACCAAGUUGUUUAUCAAUAAUGAGUGGCAGGAGUCAAGCAGUGGGAGGAAAAUCCUUGUGAAUAAUCCUGCAACAGGAGAGCUGCUGUGUGAAGUGGACGAGGCUGAUGCAGAUGACGUUGACAAGGCAGUGAGGAGUGCAAGGGCCGCCUUCCAGCUGGGGUCACCAUGGCGAUCGAUGGACGCCUCAGACAGAGGUCAUCUUCUCAACAGACUGGCUGACUUGGUGGAGAGAGACCAGCUACUACUUGCAACACUGGAGGCUCUGGACUCAGGCAAAGUGUUUCUCAUGGCAUAUUAUGUAGAUCUCAUGGCUACAAUCAAAACUUUGAGGUAUUAUGGUGGCUGGGCAGACAAAAUUCACGGCAAAACCAUCCCUGUAGAUGGUGAAUACUUUACUUACACACGACAUGAGCCUAUUGGGGUGUGCGGUCAGAUCAUCCCAUGGAACUUUCCAGUGAUGAUGUUUGCAUGGAAGAUUGCUCCAGCUCUGUGCUGUGGGAACACUGUAGUCAUCAAACCUGCUGAACAGACCCCAUUAUCAGCCCUGCACAUGGCUGCACUCAUCAAAGAGGCUGGGUUUCCUCCAGGAGUGGUAAAUGUGGUGCCAGGUUAUGGUCAGACAGCAGGCUGUGCCAUUGCCCAACACAUGGAUAUAGACAAAGUGGCCUUCACUGGAUCUACAGCUGUUGGGAAACUCAUCCAAAAGGCUGCAGGUGAUAGCAACCUGAAAAGAGUCACCCUAGAACUUGGUGGCAAGAACCCAAUAAUUGUCUUUGCUGACUGUGACAUAGAGUAUGCGGUGGAGCAGGCCCACAGUGGCCUGUUUUUUAACCAGGGCCAGUGCUGUCUGGCUGGCUCCAGGGUGUUUGUAGAGGAAUCAAUCUACGAGGAGUUUGUCCUUCGCAGUGUAGAAAAGGCCAGAUCCAAAGUUGUGGGAAACCCACUGCUACCAAGAGUAGAUCAAGGACCACAGAUUGACCAGAGGCAGUUUGAUAAGAUAAUGGAACUUAUCGAGAGUGGGAAGAGUGAGGGAGCCAGGCUGGAGUGUGGAGGAUCUGCAUGGGGUCAACAAGGACUUUUCAUCCAACCCACUGUCUUUUCGAAUGUCACAGAUGACAUGCGCAUCGCCAAAGAAGAGAUUUUUGGUCCUGUGCAGCAGAUCAUGUGCUUCCAUAGUAUUCAUGAAGUUAUCCAGAGAGCUAAUGCCACCCACUAUGGCCUGGCAGCAGGGGUGUUCACUAAUGACAUUGACAAAGCCCUCACAGUUUCCUCUGCUCUGCAAGCCGGCAUGGUGUGGGUGAACUGCUAUAAUGCCAUGAGUGCUCAGUGUCCUUUUGGUGGCUUCAAGAUGUCUGGAAAUGGAAGGGAACUAGGGGAAUAUGCUUUGCAGGAGUACACCGAGAUCAAGGCAGUAACCAUCAAAAUCUCACAGAAGAAUUCAUAACAGCAUUAUUCAACAGGACUCGCUUUUUGUUUUUUAUAUUACUUUAUCAGCCCAAGGCUUCAGAUGCUUCACAGAUUUUGUUCCUUCAUGAACUUCGAUGUUUGGAAGGCAUCAGGGAUCCUAUGUUACUCCAUGAACAUGUAUUUGUAUUAAGUCUGAUGAGAUAACAGUGUGCCUCUAGUCUACAGCAUCUAUGAAUUAUAUUAACAGUUUAGUGGAAAGUAUUUUAUAUGUUAGUCUCUGUUAGGUUUGUUAGUUGAGGUUUUUUCUGAUGUAAAAUCAAGAAUAGCACUUUGAUGACAGAAAUAAAUAUUUUAAUAGACCUUGUACAAAAAGCAGUAAUACAUUUUACAAAUUAUUCACAGGGAUUUCCAAAUGAAAUCAAUGAAUCUGUUGACCCAUAUUCAUAACCAGUAAACUGAUUUCAAUACCGUAAACAUGAUGAUUUUCUUUCUAUUCAUCAGUGUUACAGCAGGUUAACAGCUGUGCUUUUGUUUAGCAAAGACUGCAGGUUCUUUCUUGUCCAUUUUUACACAUUAAAGUUUGAGAGGAG